UCGCGCUCCUGCAUCUGUUGUGAUCCGGCUGAAGAAAGACCUCAUGCCGCUGAAAGAGGAGUGCAUAGUACCGAAUGAAACGGAAGAGAAAGAACAAUACGAGACUCUUCAUGAUUUUAAAACCGGAGAAGAAUCUUUCAGUUGGCCACAGAUUAAAGAGACUUUCUCACAGAAAACAGCUCAUGAAACAGGAACUACAAAUUAUUUCACCCCUUUUCACUGUGAAAAGAGUUUUGAUGAACAUGGAAACCUUAAAGUCCACAUGAGAAUUCACACUGGAGACAAGCCUUACACCUGCCCUGAGUGUGGAAAGUGUUUCGACCAUAAUAGAAACCUUAAAGUGCACAUGAGAGUUCACACUGGAGACAAGCCUUACACCUGCAAACAGUGUGGAGUCAGUUUCUCUCAUGAAGGAAACCUUUACAGGCACAUGAAAAUUCACCCUGGAGACAAGCCUUACACCUGUCCUGAGUGUGGAAAGAGUUUCGAUCAUAAUGGAAGCCUUAAAGUGCACAUGAGAAUUCACACUGGAAAGAAACCAUAUUCCUGUCUUCAGUGUGGAAAGAGUUUCUAUAAUCAGGGAAACCUUAAAGUGCACAUGAAAAUUCACACUGGAGAGAGUCCUUUUAUCUGCCAACUGUGUGGAAUGAGCUUCAUUCAUAAAGGAUUCCUUAAUAGACACAUGAGAAUUCACACUGAAGAAAAGCAUUACGUGUGCCAUCAGUGUGGAAAAAGUUUCAAUCGAAUAGGAACUCUUAACAGGCACAUGACAAUUCACACAAGAGAAAACCUUUAUACAUGCCCUCAGUGUGGAGAGAGUUUCGAUCUACAUGAAAGCCUUAAAGUCCACAUUGGAGUUCACAUUGAAGAGAGUCCCUUUACCUGCCAACAGUGUGGAAAAUGUUUUACUCGAAAAGGAAACCUUAGCAGGCACAUGAGAAGAUUACACUGCAUUUGUUCAACAAAAACUUGAUCAACACACGAGGAUUCAUUUGAGAGAACUGUUUUAUGUCAUCAGUGUGGAAGGAGUUUCGCAGACAUAUGGAAAUGAAAGUGGUUAACAAUCAACCCGUUGUUUUUCAUCAGUAGUAUUAUUUGUGAUUUUAAUUUUGUGAACGGGAGUUCCUUUUUUGCUGUUAUAAGCC